AUGUCCGAGAAUAUCGUUUUGUACGAUCUCCCCAGUAAACAGGGGGUUUCAUGGUCUCCGAACCCCUGGAAGACCCGUCUCUUGCUCAACUACAAGAACCUCCCCUACACGACUCAAUGGGUGGAAUAUCCCGAUAUCGCACCUCUCUUUAAGUCUUUCGGUAUACCACCAGCUUCAGAUCCAAAUGAUACUCCAUAUACAAUUCCAGCACUUCGUACUCAUGAUGGUAAAUACAUCAUGGACUCCGCCAAAAUCGCAAGCUAUCUUGAGGAACAGUAUCCAAAUCCACCAUUGCCAUUGGAUAUUCCAGAGGAGACGGAGCUAUCCAAAAUUUUUGGGGGAAUUGCUGGGCCAAUGAGGGGUAUAUGGAUGCCUUGUGUUCCGAAAGACUUGCUUAAUCCACCAUCUGUGGAGUACUUUACCCGAACCAGAGAAGAGGUAUUCUGCGGGGGCAAAUCUAUGGAGGAGUAUGAGAAGAGCCAAAAUCAUCAGAAUAUAUGGGAAGAGGUGGAACCAGCGCUAAAAGGCGUUGGAGACGUUCUCAAGCGGAAGGGAGGACCAUUUGUGCAUGGAAAGGAGGUUAGUUACUGGGACCUGAAGCUGGUCGGUUUCUUGCAGUUCAUGAAGACCGUGCAGGAGCCGUUGUUUGUGAAAAUUAUUAGCAUCGAACCUGCUUUGGGGAAAUUGUAUCAGGCUUGUGGGAAUUGGGUCAAGAGGGAUUCAUUUUAA